AUGGCAGAGCAAGCAGCACAGCCACCACACAUACACCGCCCCAUCCCGCGGCGGAACCUCGACUCGCGCUCCCACCGCGACACACCGGAAAGCCCCACCCACGCGUCCUCGCCGCCUGCCUCCAACCUGCAGAACAGCCGCAGCUCUGACUUCCUCGCCCAGCUGAACGCCCGCCUCCUCGGCACAUACCACUCGCGCACCGACGAUGCGCCGGAUUCGCCCAACGACGGCACCGGGAGCGCGCGGCUGCCGCGACAGAACAAGAGCUUCCUCAACAUGAACAGCAGCACGCUCUUCGGCAUCUACGACGACAUCGGCGCAAGCACAAACGGCGCCCAGAGCGUCGCCGACACGCCGUGGGGGACGGGUGCCGAGACCCCGGGCCACGCAGCCAUGGGCUGGAAUGGGGGCCUCUAUGACGGCACAAGCGGUGCAGAGGCCGCGCUCAGCAUGAAAGAGAAGGCGCGUCGAGCGUCUGGGAACGGCAAGCUGCAGGCCGAGCGGCGGCGGAGCAGUUCAACGCGGCGGGCGCGCGGCGGUGUAGCCAAGUACGCCAUCCUCUUCUUCAAGCUCGCAGCGCUGUUCAUGUUCGGCAUCCUCUACGGCCUGAUCGUCAGCCAUCUGCACGACACGAGACAGCUCGCUGCCGUGCAUGUGGCCGGCGUCAAUCGCGAGAGCUGGGUCUACGUCUCCAUCUGGGGCUGCGCAGGAGUCGCCCUGGGCAGUCUGCUGCCGUACAUGGACCUGCUAUGGAGCCGUCACCACGCCUCGGACGACCCCGAUGAGAAAGCGCAAGACGACAAGGAAGCAGACCCGCCCAUCAGCGAGCAAAUCCACGACGUAGUCCGCAGCGUUGCCGCCUUCCUAGGCGUCGCUUUCGCCAUUCGCCGCCUCCCCUGGCAAUCCACCCUGCAGCUCACCCUCACCCUCGCCCUCGUCAACCCCGCCCUGUGGUACAUUCUCGACCGCAGCAAGCCCGGCCUCUCCUUCUCGCUCAUCGUCACCUCGGUGCUGACCUCGCUCAUUUUUCUGUCCAACCCCACCGCGCUGCCCUCGCCUUCUGGCAUAGCUGUGGGGAACGUCACAUCCGCUGAUAGCGCGAGACGACAACAACAACAACAACAACAGCAGCAGCAGCAUCUUUUUGUGGGAUUGAUUAGUUACAAUACCCUAGCCGUCGUCACGUGGGUUGGCAGCGUGCUGUUCUGCAGCUGUGUGUGCUUUGGCAGCAUUGGGAGGAGGUUGGCGGUGCUGGAGAAGAGGUAG